UUUUGUUACAUUUUGUUAAAGAAAGGGGUCUCUAAAGUGAUAGAAGUUACUUAGUGGCUGAUUGACACAGGCCCAUUUGGAGUCAGGUAGGAUCUUGGCUUCUUUGGAUCAUUAGGUGGGAUUUACUUGGAGUUUGAACUAGAUUGGCUGUGUCUGAUUUCAGCUUCAUUUCUAUGUACAUUUCAACCUAUCAUAGCUCCUCUCUCUUAUCUUCACUUAUUUGUCAGUUAUUUAAAACUAAGUUGUCUUAAACCCUCUUGCAUUUGCAUCACUUCCUUUUCCUGUCUUCUCAGCAUCUCCCCUGGCAACAACAAGGCAGUAACUCUGAAUGCAUUGACUGCCCAGCAUUCUUUAACUAAUGUGGCACUGACCAGGGGAAGGUGGUGAUGGCAUUACUGAUUAGCCUUUCUGAUUUGGCUAACCUGUCCAUUGGCACCCCAGAAGCAGGAGCAGUGAAUUUCAAUGCCUUGCGCACCCUGCUGCAUGCAAUCAUCAAGCACUUGCACAUCCAGGAUAUUAAGACAGAAGUGUUGGAGGCUGAGAGCGACCUGUACAAAACACCGUCAGGGUGGGCACAUAUGGAUGGCACAGAGCAGGCUGGGAAGGUGGCAGUGGGUUACCAUCAAAUGGAAGACAGAAUCGAGCACAUAGAGAAGCAGAUAGAAGCUCUGAACAAGUUGCCCACUGGAGCUGAUCUUAUAGAAAGAGUGGGGGGUACGACCCCGGUGGAGGACGUGUGGCACAUGUUGCAGAUGAAGAAGAGGAUUGAGGCAAAUGAAGACGGGGUAUCUACGGCAAUGGGGCUUCUGCAGGAUCUGCUAAAUAUCACUACCACCCUCCAGGAGGCCAACAAGGACUUUCAAAGCCAACUGCAGAAAGUCAGAGAUUCUGUGGAACUGACUAUGCAAGAGGACAUCCAAAAAUGUCUGAGCCAACUGGAACUGCAAAGAUCAGAUGUAGAGAAACUGGCCCAGGUGGAGCAGGAGCUCAUGUCCCUCCAGCAGUACAUGGGUGAUCAGGAUACAAUCCAACAGCAAUUAAACCAAAUGGAGUUACAGAGAACUGAGGAGGCCAAGCUGGGCAAUAUGCAAGCUGAGUUAGAGUCCAUUCAGAAGUGCCUGGCAGCUUUGGAAAAACGAUUGAUGCAGUAUCCGAGCCCGACUGAGCUGAACAACAUGGUGGGGUGGGAUAUCCUAAGAGAGACACUUGUGACACACUGUAUGGAUGCCGAAACCUCAUGCACUGACAUUCCCGUCUUUGAAAAGAAGGUCCCAGAUCUAGAAACUGGCUGGUCUCAAACCAGUGAUUCUGCAUAUGUCACUGUCCCCACUCAAGCUGGAACCUCAAAUGCUGAAGUAACAUCUCAGACCGAUUUUCACAUCACAGUAGUUUCUGAACCUGGACUACCAUCUGAGCAGCCAUCCCAAGAAGGAAGUCCAUCUCAAACUGCACAAAACCCUCUACUAGAACCUUUGUCUCAAUCUGAAGGGGAUGCCCUGGUUGCUGUUUUACCACAAACUUUAGUGUCUAUUCAAACCUUCCAAAAAGGUCUACAGUUUUCAACAGACAUGACAUCUACUCCCCCUGGUGGCCCAGUGCCUCCCUAUAGUGCUGUUAACACCUCUGUCUCCACUCACCCACCUGGAUCUCCUAUGGUGGGUCCCCCGAGCACAGUACCCACUCAGCUCCCUGGGAUGAGUUUUACUGAGCAGGUUAUUGACCAACGCAAUGACCCUGCUGCUAUGACUACAGAGAUCAUCAGCAGCCAACUUACCUCCACCAGUCAACCUAUUACUAGUACUACCAUUCCAGGUGUCUCCUCCCAUGGAAAAAGCAGAGCUUCCCAGCGCUAUGCAGAUACAGUGGAUGCUCUGCGUAAAAUGGGAGCUCUAACAGACAAAUAUAGUGUGCUCCGGGAGAGAGUGGAGGCACUGGUGAGAAACAAGGCUGAUCGAUCAGAACUAAAAGCACUUUUAGAAGGAAGAGGGGAAAUAGCAGUACCUGGUGGCAGUAACAAUGUCGCCAGCCUACAGGAGGAGAUGAACAUUACUAGAUUUCUGCAGGAAAUGAAAGCAGAGAGGAAAAAGGAUGGGGAUUUGCUGCUAACAUUCCAAGGAGAGUGCGACAGGUUGGAAAGGUCUUUGGCUGAAGAGCAGAAGCAGACGCAGAAACACAUUGAUGUUCUCUACAAGAAGCUGGAGGAAAUGGAGGAGAAGAAAGCUGACAAGGAACAUCUUGAGCUGGAAAUAGAUGUGAAAGCAGAUAAGCAGGCUCUGGAUGAAAAGGUGAGCCGUGCCCAGUUUGAUGCCACCACUGAGCAACUGAACAACAUAGUCCAAGAGCUGCUGGGUCGAGUGACUGGACAGGAACAAGACUGGCAGAAGGUUCUGGAUAAAAUCAACAUGGAGAUGCAGAACAAAUUAGACCGUAUGGAAUUAGACCCAUUUAAGAAGAAGCUAGAGGAGCGAUGGAAGUCUAUAAGUCGUCAGUUGCAAGAACGCUCUCCCCAGUAUGAGACGGAUGAGGCCGCAGGCAUCCGAAAGCAACUGAUUUCCCACUUCCACUGCCUCUCCUGUGACCGCCCUUUGGACAUCAUCAUGCCGGGCCAACCAGUACUGAGCAUUCCUAAUGUUCCCGGCCUGCCAGUUCAUCGUUCUACGAGGCCACAAAGUAUGUACGAACUGGAACACAUCCGCCAGCACUUCCGCAAUGAUCGUGCCCAGGAAUUGGCUGAUUAUAACUACAUGACCAGUGCCCGUAGCUGUGGGGGUAGCCAUACGCUGACCUACUCCCAUCGUCGCUUUUCCAAGUUGCAAAACAUCACCUCAAAAAUGUCUCCAGAAGAAGGCAGCAUAGGAUUUGCUCAGAAGAUCGAGGAAGUAGAUAUACUUGGGCUGGAUGGUCACAUCUAUAGAGGAAGGAUGGAUUCUCGACUACCGGCCAUUUAUAACAUCAAGGAUGGACUUUCCGGGGCAAGGCUGAAACGUUCCCAGACUUCACCGAAAUCUAUUCUUUCCUGUGAUUCUCGACCCCAAAGUGCCAAUUCUCGACCCCAAAGUGCCACGUCUGCUGGACGAAGUCCUACAGCACUAGCUCAAAUCUCUCUGGAGCGCCAAGGAUCUGCCCAGCAGUGGCCUGUCCAGAGCCAGGAGUCCUUCGAGAUCAGACUGGAUACAGCCAUUGAACCCCAGUGUGCGGAUGAGCCUGUUAUGUGAAAUAAAACUCCUGUGGGAACUGA